AUUUUUAGAUUAAAUAAGGUAAUUGAAGAAAACCAAGCACUAAUUCAAGAAAAUAAGAGCGAGCGAGAUUUUUCAACGCUGACAAAAGCUCGUUAUGAUGAACUAAAAUUGAAAUUUGAACAAACUUCAAGAGCAUUGAUAGAGAAAGAUCGAGAGUAUACUGUUUUAUUAAAAGAUGUCUCAGCAUUGAAGACGGAUGUAAAGGCAAGAGAAGCAGAGAUGAAAGCAUUAACUGAAAAGUUGGAAGAGACAACUGAAGCGCUUCGUAGAACUGAAGGAGAAGGGGAAGCAGCAUUAGAGUCUUUGAAAAAUCAGCUUGCUGAAAAGGACCAAGAACUGGAUAGGCUUGCAACUGAAUUGUCGAAGGUUACGAAGUUUAAGGAUCAAAUGAUGCGUAUGAUGAAUGAGAUAUAA